UAACGUGGUACAUCCACAGUGAAGAUGUGGUGGGCAAGUAGAAGGUUUAUUUUCAGUGUUUGAAUCCCUCUCUCUUUAUUAUCUCAUACUUAGGAGCAUAAACAAGGAAGUUGUCUGUGAUUGGAAGCCCGUUCCCUGCAUGGUGGGCUGACUGGGACAGAAGGGAGGAAGAGCAAAGGCCGAGCUGGAGAUUGAAAUUGUGUUCUCACAGCCCAAAACAGAACAUUCCCCUUCCAACUGGUUUGUAAGCAGUGAGACCUGAGGUUUUUACAAUGAAUUCCAGACUUUGGGUGCAAACAAGUCACAAAACACAGAGAUAAGAACUUGGCUGUGCUCCCUGGGAUGCAAGUGCAGGUCACGAUGCUCUGGAGCUUGUGAAACAGAAGAGGAAAAACUUGUUUGACUUUGCUUGAGGGUGAAUUCAUUGUAGCAUAUUACUUCAACCUGUCACGCAAUUAGCUUGUAAUCCGAAAAGGAACUGGAGAAAGUUGCCCUUCUUGUCAAGAACUGCUCUCUGGUUUAGUUUCUUUGUUUUCUAUUAAUUGGGAAGCGUGCUUGGUCGGUGGUUGACUUGUAUGCUGCUGAAGCUGGGAGGUUUGAAACCUUGGCAUCUUUCUUAAGGCACAUCGGGGCGGCUGUGUUUCUCUGAUCGAACUACCCAGGAAACUGCACAGCUUUAAGAGCAGGUUCAAUGGAUGACUUCCAUCGCCGGCUUCGCCACCUUCGGAAUAUUGCUGCACGUAACAUCAUCAGUAAGAAUGGUUAUCGCCUCUUGGACACGUAUUUCACCCUCCACCUGUGUGAUAACACCAAGAUAUACAAAGAAUUUUACAAGAGUGAAGUGAUCAAGAAUUCUCUGAAUCCAACCUGGAGGAGUUUGGACUUUGGAAUAAUGCCUGAUCGUCUCGAUACGUCUGUCUCGUGUUUCGUUGUGAGGAUCUGGGGUGGCAAGAAGGAGCACUUCCAGCUUCUGAUCGAAUGGAAGGUCAAUCUGGAUGGAUUGAAGUACUUGGGACAGCAGAUACAUGCAAGAAACCCAAACGAGAUUAUUUUUGGUCUCAAUGAUGGUUAUUAUGGAGCUUCGUAUGAGCAGAAGGAUCACUCAGGUACCCUGAAGAACAGCCUCCUCCAGGUGGAUCAGAACUGCGUUCGUAACUCUUACGAUGUCUUCUCUUUGCUUAGGUAAGGAUGUUGAAAAUAC